AUGAAGAAGGAUAUCAAUGAUCUUGAAUGUAUAUCAUGUCCAUAAUAAGCUCAAUUCUGUUAAGGAUCUGAAAUUUAGUUAAAGGAUGGCUACUGGAGAGAGAGUAAUUUAACAGAUUAGAUUUAUGCUUGUUUAUUAGAUAGUUGUUCUUUUAGUAAUCCUCAAAGUAAAAAUGGAUGCUUAACUGGAUUUUUAGGUCCUCUUUGCAAUAGCUGCGAUAAUAAAAGUAAGGUUUGGGGUCAAUAAUAUGGUCUUAAAGGCUAAAAUUGCUUUCCUUGCAACUAACAAUUAAAUUAAAUAGCAUUCGCAUGCUUUUUUAUCAUUUUCUAUAAUUAUGAAGCUAAAAAUUUUUAAAUAAAUUUAAUUGCUGGUAACAAGUAACUUGAGUUCAUCUGCAAAUGA